AUGAUCCUAUGGCUAAACCUGGUGUCCUUAAUAGCAAUCCUCAGAGGAGUGCAGUCUCAAAUCCAGUUGGUGGAGUCUGGAGGGGAUGUGAGAAGACCUGGAGGGUCCCUCCGUCUCUCCUGCCAAGCCUCUGGAUUCUCCUUCAGCAGCUAUUGGAUGUACUGGGUGAGACAGUCUCCAGGGAAAGGACCAGAAUGGGUGGCCCACAUAACUAAUCGCUCACCUCCUUCCCCUUACUACUCAGACAAAGUGAAGGGACGCUUCACCGUCUCCAGGGUCAAUACCAAAAGCCAGCUGUAUCUGCAAAUGAACAACUUGAGGACACGACUCUCUAUUACUGUACUACACCCACCAACACAAAGUUUGCACACUUUCCCAAAAUCUUCUACUGUCAGUUCCCUUCCAUUCAUUGAAGGGAGCAAAAAUGGUCCUGGGGUUAAACUUAGUGUCCUUACUAGAGGCUACACCCCUAACACAAAGUUUGUGCACUUCUCCAAGUCCUUUGCCAUCAAUUCCCCUCUAGUCUUUAGAGAGAGCAAGAAUGGGUCUGUGGGUCAAUGUGUUAUCCUUACUAGCAGUCCUCAGAGGCUACACCCAAAAUACAAAUUUUGCUCACUGUCCCAAAUCCUUUCCUGUCCAUUUCUUCACUUCCUUACAAGAAGCAAAAUGUGGUUAAACUUCGUAUCCUUACUAGUAGUCCUCAGAGGAGCCCAAUCUCAAGUACAGUUGGUUGAGUCAGAGGGGGGUGUAAGAAGACCUGGAGAGUCCCUCCAUCUCUCCUGCCAAGCCUCUGGAUUCACCUUCAGCAGCUAUUACAUGAACUGGGUGAGACAGGCUCCAGGGAAAGGACUGGAAUGGGUUUCUACAACUGGCGGUUACUACUUAGACAAAGUGAAGGGCCGCUUCAUCACCUCCAGGGAUGAUGCCAAAAGCCAGCUGUAUCUGCAAAUGAACAGCCUCAAAGCUGAAGACACAGCAGUCUAUUACUGUGCUAGAUACACAGUGAGAGGAAGUGAAUCUGAAGCCUAA